AUGCCUCAUCCGUCGAUUCCCCCUCCGAAUCCAAUUGAGGAACAACUCAAAGCCCUGUUUUGGCGAUUUGACAAGAACAAGGACGGCCGCCUUAGCAAGCAAGAGAUCGAGGCUGCCCUCAAAGAACUAGGUGGUAUUAUCCCUGGGUACAGAGCAAAUAGAGGACUCAAGCAUGCUGAUAAUAAUGGAGAUGGAUACAUAAGUGAUGGAGAAGUCGAUGAGCUCGUUAAAUAUGCCAUUAAAUGGGGUAAAGAUUGCAAGAAGUUAGGUCACGAUCAAAAAGGCACCGAGGAACAACUCAAAGGCUUGUUUUGGCGAUUUGACAAGAACCGGGACGGCCGCCUUAACAAGGAAGAGCUCAAGGCUGCCUUCAAAGAACUCGGUGCUAUUUUCCCUGGCUUCAGAGCAUAUAGAGGACUCCACCAUGCUGAUGAUAAUGGAGAUGGAUACAUAAGCGAUGAAGAAGUUGAUAAGCUCGUCAAAUAUACUUUACAAAUCGGUUAUAAAGUUAAUUAA